AGGGGGCGUGGUCGGGAAGCGGAAGCCGUGUCUGUCAUGGCGGCGUACCCGGGGCAGGGCUUCCCCGGUGCAGGACCGGCCCCCGGGGCUCCGUUCGGCAGCGGCCCCCCCCCGGCCCCCGGGGCUCCGUACGGACCGGCCCCGCCGGGAGCACCUUACGGACCGCCUGGCUGCGGGCCCCAGCCCGGGCCCUACGGAGGAGCGGCUCCCGGCGGGAACGCUCCCCCGGGUGUGGAUCCGGAGGCCUUGUCCUGGUUCCAGGCGGUGGAUGCCGAUCACAGCGGGUACAUCUCUGUGAAGGAGCUGAAGCAGGCGCUGGUCAACUCCAACUGGUCGACGUUCAACGAUGAGACCUGCCUGCUGAUGAUAAACAUGUUCGACAGGACCAGGUCAGGACGCAUUGAUGUGUAUGGCUUCUCAGCCCUGCUGCGCUUCAUCCAGCAGUGGAGGAACCUUUUCCAGCAGUACGACAGGGACCAGUCGGGCUCCAUCAGCUUCAAUGAGCUCCAGCAAGCUUUCUCCCAGAUGGGCUAUAACCUGAGCCCGCAGUUCAGCCAGCUGCUGCUGGCCCGCUAUGCCCAGCGGUCGCCCAGCCCCAGCAUCCAGCUGGACCGCUUCAUCCACAUCUGCAUGCAGCUCCAGAGCACGACCGAUGCCUUCCGCGAGAAGGACACGGGGCUGGUGGGCAACGUGCGCCUGAGCUACGAGGACUUCCUCACCAUGGUCGUGACUCGCAUGCUGUGAUGCCUCUGCCGAGGGGGGAGCUCUCCUCUGGGAUGUGACCAAGCUGUUUUCCCAGGGCAGCUUUCCAAGGAGCCCUGAACACUUCCAGGACCCUCUGGCUUCGAUUCCUUGUCCCCACUCAAUGGCAGUUGAUGCCUCCACGCCAAACUGGAGCCUGGUUCUGGGGCCACACUGCAGGGUGGGACAGCCAAACUGAUAGCCGGUGCUGUGCCUCCCAGGGAGGGCUUAGACCUUCCCUUGCCAGACACCAAAUCAUUCUUAGACCCCCUUUGUGCUAUCCCUUGGCUUGGUGGGAUGUCUGCAGUGGACCAGCCCUGUCUCAUCACGCUUUCAGGGACUCUCCAGUGCCCAAAAGCUGGGCCUUCAUUGGAAAAGCAGCAGGAAGGGUUCAGGUGAUGGCAGAGCUCAUCCUUCCUCACCUCACAAACUGCUCUUCCUCUCCACCAGCACUUCCAGCCCCUCCGAUCUGCUGGAAGUGCUCCAGCCUUCCUGAGCCCUGUUUCUCUCCGGGCCAUGCUGGAUCAUUGAACCCCCUUGUUGCCAAUGUGGGUUUUGAUGUGUCUCUGCCAAAGCCAAACUUGGAAAUGGUUUAGAGCUUAUUUUUACAGCUUUUGAAUAAAGGGUGAUGUGCACUGGC